UCUUCGAUAUAAGAAGGAAAGAAAACCCCUUCUCUUAAUUGGAAACCCUAAGCUAUAUAUAAUCCAUCGCCAUCUUCAUCACAAUCACUUGCCCUUUUCCUUCAAUACAAUUGCUUCUUUCUUCAAGUUUGUUGGCAAUGUUAGGAGAGGAAGAGGCAUUGAAUUCAUACGGAGAUGGAAUUGCAUGGGUUAGGUCAUCGAUGAUCGGAAGAGGGAGUUUUGGGCGUGUUUAUCUUGCAACUCUGCGAAACCCCUCUUCCAAAUGGAGCUCUCUGCCGCCGGUGAUGGCCGUCAAAUCUGCGGAGGUUUCCUCCUCUGCUUCGCUUCAGAAGGAGAGGGAAGUUUACUCCAAUCUGCGGAGGAAUCCUUACAUAAUUCAGUGCUACGGCGAUGAGAUUACAAUCGGCAGCAGCGGCACCAUGGCCUUCAAUUUGAUGCUCGAGUACGGCUCCGGUGGAACCUUAGCCCGCAGGAUUAAGGAGUCCGGCGGGAAUGGAUUGGGUGAAUUGGAGGCGAAGCUUCACACGAGGUCUAUUCUGAGAGGAUUGAGACACAUUCACGAGCUUGGAUUUGUGCAUUGCGAUUUGAAGCCUCAUAACAUUCUGCUCCUUCCAAUCAGGGGCAAGGGUUUAGGAAUUAGGGCCAAAAUUGGGGAUUUAGGGCUGGCGAGGAAGGUUAGCAUUAGCAAGAAGAGGAAAUUGGGGGUUUGUUGUUGGGAAGGAACUCCGAUGUAUUUGUCUCCUGAGGCGGUCAUAGAUCACGUGCAGGAGGCUCCGUCUGAUGUCUGGGCGGUUGGCUGUAUCGUGCACGAGAUGCUGACCGGUCAUCAUCUCCAGGUAACUCCAGCAGCAACAACUUUGCAAGCAUAUUAA